AACUUUUCUAUCCUGCUGCUUUUGGGUGAAAAACUUUCUCAACCUUCGUAAAUGUGUAAUUUUAAAUAUUUUGUUGCUAUAAUAAUUUGAAGCAAUUUACUAUUGAGGUCAAUUCAAGGCAACCAUUAGAAGACAAACGUUUAUCAGCAGUGUCUUUGAUUGAUAAAUGGGGUUCCCUGAGACCUGUGAGGCACUGGAAGCCUAACGAUAGGCUGCUGUAGCUGUAUUUUGUACAAGUCGGUCCUACAGUUGUUCAACAAUGAGUUUGCCAUUGACGCAAGGGGCUCUGAGCAAACUGAAAAAGAAACAUUUUCGAGUCAAGCAUCAGAAAGUGAAAUUGUUCCGUGCUAAUGAACCACUGCUGUCCGUCUUCAUGUGGGGAGUCAACCAUACAAUAAAUGAAUUGAGCCACAUGACAAUACCUGUGAUGCUACUUCCAGAUGACUUCAAGGCUUAUUCAAAGCUGAAAGUUGAUAAUCAUCUGUUUAACAAAGAAAACAUGCCUAGCCAUUUCAAAGUAAAAGAAUAUUGUCCUCUAGUAUUCCGAAAUCUUCGUGAGCGCUUUGGAGUUGAUGAUAUUGAUUAUAAGGAAUCAAUGACUAGGACCCAACGCUACCAAUUGUGGCGGCGAGCUCAGCCUGUGGACAAUUGGCAUGAAAAGCCUCAUGGGCUCCACCGCUCUUUCACUCUUCCUGCCCACCCUUCUCAUCAUGAUUGUGCUUCCCCACGUAUCACUGGUUACAGUCAGAAGUUGCGUCAAAAGCGCAUGAGGUCACAGCCAGUCACUAUGGAUAAUCCAGGAAAAUCAGGGGCAAAAUUUUAUCAGUCGUACGAUCGUUUGUUCAUCUUGAAAUCUCUCACAAGUGAAGAAGUUGAGAGAAUGCAUUCAUUUUUGAAAGAUUAUCAUCCUUAUAUAGUGGAGCGACAUGGGAAGACCUUAUUGCCUCAAUAUUUGGGCAUGUACCGCAUUACUGUUGAUGGUGUUGAACAUUACUUGGUUGCCAUGCGUAAUGUUUUCAGUAAUCAUCUUCAAAUCCAUAGGAAAUUUGACUUAAAAGGCUCAACAGUAGACAGAGAAGCGUCAGACAAGGAAAAAGAAAAAGAUCUUCCUACUCUUAAAGACAAUGAUUUUGUCAAGGAGGGAAAAAAGAUUUUUAUAGGAGAUGAAGCUAAGGAUAAGUUAAUGGAUACAUUAACUGCAGAUGUUGAUUUUCUGACAAAGCUUCAUCUCAUGGACUAUUCUCUACUGCUGGGAAUCCAUGACUGUGCCAGAGCAGAACAAGAAAGCCGCGAGCGCCAGGAGCAGGAGAGUGAGGAAAAUGAUGAUGAUGAUGAUUCUGACUCUGGCAGUGGACUUGAAAAUCGAAAUAUUGGGGAAGGGAGGCAUGGCUACUGGGGUGGAGGUGGGAUUUCCACUCCUCCAGAUUCACCUCAUGCUGCUGCACAAUUCCUGAGGGAGUCAAGUCUCCAAUAUGAUGGUUGCAUCAUUCCCGAACUUGAUAUUUAUGCUAUUCCCAGCUCUGAAGGAGCACCAAUUAAGGAAAUUUAUUUUCUGGCAUUAAUUGAUGUCUUAACACAUUAUGGCGUUAAAAAGCAAGCUGCCAAAGCGGCCAAAAGUGUUAAAUAUGGAGCAAAUGUGGAUGGCAUUUCUACCUGUGAUCCUGAGGUGUAUGGGAAACGUUUCCUGGAGUUCCUCAGCAAAGCCAUUGAAUAAUUUAUCCCCUGUUUGCUUAUAAUUUAGGGGACUGCUUUGAUGACUGAGAGCAUUUCGUGAGCAAAACUCUUUCCCUAAGAUGAGCUGUCCAGCGAAUCGUUGCUACCGGUGUAGUAGGUGUGGGAAGGCAUCAUAUCACUCUCACUUUUACCAAAAAUGAUGGCUUUAUUUUCUAAAGUAUGUAGAAUGUGAUUCUAUGUGUCUCUUGUAACUCUCCUUGAUAUUUCUUACAUUUUAUCCCUUAUAUUAUGGUGGAAUAUUUUAUUUCUAUCUUACACUAUUUUGACACACAUCUGCAGGAAAAAUACAAAUCUGAAAUUGUAGCAUUUAAUGUUUGAAGGAUGCUUUUUCUAUCUGCAAAUUAAAAUUUCUUGAUGCCUUGAUAAAAGUUCAAAAUUGUUGAAACAAAUGCCUAUUUUCAUUUCUGUUAUAGGUUACUGAGUUUGCUUAAUUCUACAUACUAUUCAAAUCUGCAAAGUUGUUGAGUGCUCUGAACUGUAGUUAGUUGUUCUUCAUACUUAUUGAAGUUUAAGAAGAACAAGGUGCAAAGAGUUUUUAUGUUGUGUUUAGUUUACUUUUCACCAAAUUGAAUAUUGGUAUAUCUUGAACAUUCAUUGCAGCUUGGUUUGUCUGCAGCUGCUCCAAAACAUCUCUCCUUACUACUUCUACAUCACUAAGUGGCCUGAUAGCUUGUUGUACAAGUACAAUUUUACACACACACACACACUCACACACACACUCACAUAUACUUUAACGUAAAUCAAUUCAUUGGUGGCUCUUACUGUGUUUCAAUGUAUUGUUACUGUUCCUGUAAUUUUUUAAUCAAUUAUUGCAAAAUGUAUGGGGUUACUGUUGGUAUUGACAGUUACACCCAUUUGUUUACUUUCAUUUAACAAAUUUACCUGUUUCUAAACAUGACGGUCAAGUUUAAUCUACCAUUUUGUUUGCAGGUAAGAAUUCAGUUUCAGUUCUGUGUUAGAACUUUGCUCAGAAGGUUAGAAGGUUGCUUAAUAUCAUGUACAUGUAAGCCGUCUAACGCACAUUAAACUAUUGUAUUCGAGAAAUUUUGUAUCUUAACAGACAAGUGUUAUGCCUAAUAGGAAUUAUCUAUCUCUUUUAAGAAAAUAAUAACUGUUGCUAAAGCCUGAUGUUGACUAUAUUGAGAAUAAUAGUUCGACAUUUUUGUAGUUUUCCCUACUCCCUCCCCAACUUACCUGUCAGUUUUUCUUGCCUGUAAGCAGUAUAUCAAAUAUCUUACUAGGCAACAUUAUUAAAACUAACUCCAAUGUUAUAAAUUACAUUUCUUUUGAGAAAUGGUAAAAGUAUUAAUUUUAGUUGUGUGUAUAUCAGUUAAUAUGUAAGUGUUUGUCAUGUCCAAGCUCAAUCAGUUUUAUUAUUGUUAAUGUACUUUGUAGUUCAAUGUUUUGUUUCUUCAUGCCAAAUUACUAUUAAGUAUUUUAUUUUGUUAAUGGUAUGUGCUUUUCUUUUCUUUCCUUUUUUAUUUGGCUUUUACUGGCUUGUUUCAUAUGUUGCCUCUUCUGUAUGUAUCUCUUAUUCUAGUCGUAUGUUGUUGCUCUGUUGAUUUGGGUUGGUAUGGUCAGACAAGUUAUAAGACUUAUUUCUGAAGACUGCUUGGAAGUUUUGUGAAUUUGUGUGCAUGCAUAUAUCAGAUUUAAAAAGUCUUUCUUGGCAGAAAUUAUAUGUAUAGUUUGGAAAGGUGUUUGUAAAACAUCAUGAUUAUGUCUUAAUCAGCCUGACAGCUUUAGUCUGCUUUAUAAUUCUAGUGAUUAUUGGUCUUGUGUAAGGGCCAGAAGAGUGAGGGUUGAAGCUGCUCUGCAUAUGUUCUGUAAAAUGUUAUUGGCAUGUUUGAAUUUUACUUAAUUAUUAUGCCCACAUAUGGUUUGGCAAUAACAAGAGAUUCAAUGCAAUCUGGGGGCAUAAUCCCUGCAGGGGAACCUAUUAUGCUUGUCAUUAAAUCUAUGUCAACUUUCAACUACAGUACUUCGGAGCACGGACAAUUAUAUUGAAAAUUUGAAUGGUCUCUCUUGUCAUUUAGAUUUCCCUGUUCAAUCCACUGGUAUGUGUUUCUGCUGGUGCCAAAUUGUGCCAUUGGUGAAGGGAACUUGCAUUUUAGUUUUAAAUGAUCUCAUUCUGGGAUAGUAGUGACUCGUUUGUAGCUUAUAUUUCUGUUGAUAUCUACUUUUUUCAGCUUGAUUCUUUUUAAUCAAUUGAGUCAGUGUAAUCAUUCUGAUGUAUGACAUGUACAACAUGAGAUGUAUGAAGGUACCACUUAGCAGACUAUGUGAGAAUGUUUCCUUUUAAUAACUGUCGCUCACAAGUUUUAUCGAUUUUAAAAUUUUUGCUUUUUUUAAAAAUUGCUAUCUAUCUGUAUUUGGUGUGAAUCAGAAUUAAACAAACAGUGUCAAGCACUGUUUGGAACUUUUUAAUAACACACCCAUAUUAUUUUGCUCAACCAGAUUAGUCUACUUGUAUAGUUCUCAUUUUGCUUUUUUCCUUGCCUUUAAAACCAACCAGUUUUAAAAUUACUUAAUUUGCAUUUCCCUCUUCUCCUGCCUGUUCCAAUUUCACUCCUACUUUGGUGUGAAUUAAAUGCUUGUGCUGUUGGUGUGGUCAUAUUCUAUUAUAAUGUGGUCACUGGAGUGAUUCCUAUUACAUCAGAUAUCUCUUGUGAAAAUACACUAGUUGUAUUCGUUGGCAAUAUUCUGGACCAAAGUGAUCUUUGUAAGAAAAGUAAAAUAGAAUAUGCCCAUAUAACUUCUUAUAUUUCUUGUCUACACUGCUGUAUUUCAGCGAGUUGUUUUAGGUUGAAUGCAAACAAGAUUUUAUUCCAGUUAUGUAUCUUUUUCAAACUGUAAUUUUUUCAUUUUGUUGAUCCUGAAUAAAUUAUAACUUGUCCUGCAUUAA